GUUGAAGAUACAGCCGUCUAUUGUUGGAACGUAAUUUUUUCCCCCGAUUUUUGACGUCACGUGUUUUGACAAGUGUGAUUAAUUAAUACGGGGUUUGAUUUUAUGCAGCGGAGGCUGGCACUGACGUGAGGGGGAUUUGGGGAUUUUGUGAGUGGUUGUGGAGGUUUGGAGUUUAGAGAGUGAGAUAAAAAAAAAGUUGGUGGGAUUUUUGUGGAGGAGAACUUUGGCAGCUGGGGACUGAUGAUGAUGGAUUAAUGAGGGAACGGGAUUUCGAAAACGAGAUUGGAGUGAUGCCAUACCGGUUAUAAAUCAUCGGGAGGACGCAAUGGGACGGACACGAGUUCCGCUGACCAGUGGAGGAAUGCCAGCGAUUUUACUCAUUCUCUUUACCCUAGUCCUCACGGUGACAGCUGUGCCAAAUGUCAGAUCGGAAUCUGCAACGGGACCGGCGAACAGUGUUGGUCCAUUGUCAGGAUCAUCAGCGUCUUCAUCAUCGUCAUCACCAGUUUCAUCGUCAGCGAUUGGUUCGGUGUCGGGUGGUAGCCCGCAAUCAAAUGGUAUAGGCAAUGGGCUUGGUGGUGGUAGUGUUGGCCACUCGGUGAUGAGCGUCGGUCCCACCGGAAAUGGCAGGUGCGAGGACAUCACCAUUCCCAUGUGUCGAGGAAUUGGCUAUAACCUGACGGCGAUGCCUAACGAGCUGAACCACGACACGCAGGAGGAAGCGGGCCUGGAGGUCCAUCAGUUCUGGCCGUUGGUGGAGAUCAAGUGCUCCCCAGACCUCAAGUUCUUCUUGUGCUCCAUGUACACACCCAUCUGUCUUCCGGAGUACAGCAAGCCUCUGCCGGCGUGUAGAAGUGUCUGCGAGAGGGCGCGAGCUGGAUGUGCACCCCUGAUGCAGCAGUACGGAUUCUCCUGGCCGGAGAGGAUGGCUUGCGAGCGUCUUCCAAUGCAGGGGGAUCCUGAGAACCUCUGCAUGGAGCAGGACAAUCAUGCUAACGCUGGUGGUGGCCAUCCCAGCAGUCCACCAAUGCCAGCUGCUGGCCCACCACGCCCUACAAGACCAUCAAAGACCGCUCAGCAGCCGCGCUGCAAACCCGGUAAGAAUCAAAAAAACUGCCAAAAUCCCCCAGGGGACAGAACAAGGGAGUGCGAGUGCAGAUGCAAAACUCCACUCGUACCACUGGGGGUAACAAGUGUCAGCGGAAACGACCACACAGUUCUCGGAAGCAUGCACGCGGUAGGGGUGCCGAUGUCAGGGGGGAUAGGGCCAAUGGUAAGCAGAGACAUUGCCCUGGGAAACGGAAAUGUCCUGAAGAAUUGCGCCCUACCGUGUCACGGGGCAUUUCUGACCACCGAGGAAAGAGGAUUCGCAGCCGUUUGGCUGGCGUUAUGGAGCGGCCUAUGCGCAGCAAGCACACUCACAACCGUAACCACAUUUCUCAUAGACACACAACGCUUUAAAUAUCCAGAAAGACCAAUUGUCUUCCUCUCCGCCUGUUACUUCGUGGUGUCGUUGGGCUACCUAGCGAGAAGUGUGAUGGGCCACGAGGAGAUUGCGUGUGACGGACCAGCCCUGAGGUCCGGACCACAGGGUCCUGGUGCGUGUGUCACAGUUUUCCUCAUGAUUUACUUCUUCGGAAUGGCUUCAUCCGUCUGGUGGGUCAUACUCGCGUUCACCUGGUUCUUGGCUGCCGGCCUCAAGUGGGGUAAUGAGGCCAUAGCAUCGUACUCUCAGUACUUUCAUCUAGCUGCUUGGCUAGCACCAACAGCGCAAACAGUCUGGGCACUCUUGGCUGGUGGUGUCGAGGGCGAUCCUGUUGCUGGUGUGUGCACAGUUGCACCUGAUGGUGUACAAACAUUCAUUCUCGUACCACUUCUAGUCUACCUCCUGUUGGGCACCAGCUUUCUACUCGCUGGUUUCGUCAGCCUCUUCAGGAUAAGAUCAGUGAUUAAACGACAACCGGGAGCUAAAGCCGACAAAUUGGAGAAACUUAUGAUUCGCAUUGGUGUCUUCUCAGUUCUGUACACAGUGCCAGCUGGUGCUGUGCUCGGUUGUUAUCUGUAUGAGUCGUCAUUCAGGCUCGAAUGGCUGAGGGGCAUCGCAUGCCAGUGCGAGGCCCGCACCAGGCCAUACUAUUCAGUCCUCAUGCUGAAGUACUUCAUGGCACUCGCUGUCGGCAUCACCUCAGGUGUCUGGAUAUGGAGUGGCAAGACAGUGGACUCAUGGCGGAGACUCUGGAGACGUCUCUUUGGCGGUGGCGUUGCGGCCGGUGGCAAUGCUGGCAUGGCAGGUGUCACUGGUGUCAGUGGAAUUGGCAGUGCAAGCAUGAAAGGACGCUCCAUGAUGCCAAGCUAUGCAGCAUCUGGCCCCGGCAGUGCUCUCCUACCACCGGGCAGUGUUGCCAGUGCAUCACAACACCAUCUUCAUCAUCAUGUACUCAAACAACCACCGCUUUCGCACGUAUGACGUCACCAGUCGGCGGGAGGCGAUAUGAAUACAGCGGGCUGCGAUACCCAGCAACAGAAUCAGUUGCAGCACGAGAGGCCAUCAGCUCUCAGCAACUAUGGACCCAUUUAGCCUUUCGCCUCAGCCUCGAGGAGGCAUACGCCAGCACACACUGCGCCCCAUACACCACACUCAGCAGCAACUAUCUAUUCGAGAAGAUCAUUGGCAUCGACUACUGGACCAUUGACACCAGCUCAUGGUCUGGCGCCGUCAUACACCCAAGCUACAGAUGUCUGAUCUACGAUUGUACCCGUUAUCGGGUGGUAGUGAUAAUGCUCUGUGUGUGAUUACAGAACCAAACGGAACGACGAACGUGAAAACAAUGACUACCAAUAUGCCAUUAAUAUUUGCCGAAUAUACGUAUGUAAAACAGGGCUGGCUCGAUGCCGGCAUACUCCGUGAGUCAAUGUAGCGGUGAUUACUUUAUUUUUCGUUAAUUAUAUGUUUGACGUUCCUUCAGUGGUUAUGUAUCGAAUGCCGGGGAAUCACCGUCCGUGACUAUACGCAAAACACGUCGUAUUGAGAUACUCUCUGGCUAGUGAGUUUGUGAGAAUGAACGAGUGAUUUUUGUAUGUGUGUUUUUAUAGGUGAUUGAUGGUAGGGAUUAUAGAUUCUCUAUAGGUGGGAUCUCUCCUUCUUUAUGCAAUCUAUGAUGCGAUUAUGAUGCCUUGGGGGUGGGACAAGCUGGUGAAGGAGAGAUGUGCGGGAAGUAACUAGUCGUUACUUUAAGUUCGUUAGUUCGAGAUGGCAAAGUAUUCGGUAUUUUUUGUAAAUUUAUGGCUUACCGGCCAUCGGUGUUAAUUAGGGGUGCCUAAUGUCUACGUUCCUAAUUCAUUCGGUAUUUUGGCGCCACGGCACCACAAACCACUACGCAAGUAGUUGAAAGUGAUACACCAAAAGGACAGCAUCAUAAAAUCUUUUUCUUUUCCAUAUUGAUUACCACCUGGUAAUCAGCCAUUUUUUAGUAAAUAUUAUCUCCUUCAAUCUAGUAGUAUAUAUUACUAAAAAAUGAUAAUCAAAAGGUGAAUUCUGAAAAAAAAAGUUUAAUCCUGUCACUUUACCUCAUUUGAUUCUUCUAGUUAUUUCACUCUUAUUUUUUAUUUCAGUCGUCGAUUAAUAAAAGUAGCGAGUAUUGAGGAACGAAUACUUUCUCAUAUUGUAACGACAACUUUCUGGACAUAAAAGUAAUGAGAUUGCACAUCUCUAUAGUGAAAUGUCGGCAAAAUUUGGCGCUACGAACUCUCAGCCAAAAGGGGAUAGAAAAAUAUGAAUGAUGGCUUUAAAAAUUCGUUCCUUCUGUAGAAACCGGUGACGCGAGUUGAGGGUGAUUUGAAGGGGAUAAAUAAUUUUAAGAGUCGUUUAAAAAUGCGAGGUGGGGCGCCGCCAUCUUUGAAGCCAUCUUCCCGAUAAGCAAGAUGGCGGCGCCCACAUCGGUGAACCACCUAGUGUUUUUGAAUGUUUUCAACUCAUUUCAUGCAGUUUUUAGAAGGUGAAGAAGCUUUCUCCUUUGCAUGAGAACUCGUAACGAAAAUUUUUCCCCUCCCUUCACUAUUUUUUUCCACUUCUGAGGCAUCUCAACUGAUUUUCCUUUUAUACUUUAUACUUGUGUGUCUCGCGGGACUCAAGUGCAUGUCCGUCUAAUGUGUAUUCGUAUUGUCUAUUUAUCUACUAGCCGUUUACGCAUAGGUGUGUACUGAUUAGAGGCUAUCUCCAUCGAGUUAUCGGUGAGAUUUAUCGAUUUGUAUCAAAGAUAACGGUGAGUCGAUGGUCUUGGGAUAGCGUAAGGGGGAAGUGUAUAGGUUAGAUGAGACAAAUGAAGGUUUAUUAUAAUGUAAAUAUAUAUUCUAGGGGAUAGGCCACUGUACAUAGGUGAAAGAGGUGAAUUUCUUUGUACAGACUCGAGAGAUUGGCAGGGUCCAGAUGAAAUAGAGAAGGAGGGAUUAGAAUUCAAAUUGUGAGGAUUAUUCGGUCGUUGUGUGAGUGAUGGUUGCGUGAAAAUUAUGUAGAUCGGAUCGUUUUUUUUUUACCGCGGAUGAGGAAGAGUAAGUGAAUAUUAUAAUUAUGGUAAUGUAAAGAGGUUAAGCUGGUCGUUCUUUCGUACUCACCCAUAGAAUCGUCGAUAGAUGAAGAGAUAUUUAAGACUUCUUGUAUUUCCACUCCUCCCUUCCGCUCCCCCUCCCCCCCCUUCCCCACUGCGAUUGUACUUCGCUGCGAGCAACUUUCCCCGGCGAAUCUGGGGAAAGAAGAGAAAUAAAAUGUAUGAGUGGGGAGAACUGAGCCACGUGCACCGUAGAAAAUCAUUACACUAUAUGUAACGUGCGAUUUGUGCGUGAUUUAAAGGGUUUACAGACACAAUUGGGUUUUAUUGAAAUCUUUGUAAGAGAAAUGCAUUAAAUGACAGUCCGAUGUAGUUGUGUAGAUGGAAACAAUUAUUAAAUACAUAAGUACAUAAAUUUGUAAGUCUUUCCAGUUAUACCGGUGUAAUAGGGUGAUUGUGAGGUUUUUUCGUUCCCCAUGAGGUUUGAGAUUAAAUUUUUUUUGGCACUGGUGAGAAUUUGUUGGGGAAGAGUCGAAGGGGAUUUUGAGAUUUUUUGGGGAUAUUCAGGAUGAGUUUUUCAGGGAAAUUGAUAUCAUCGCGCAAUUCUAUUUAUGAAGUUAUCAUUUUCUGAUGUUAUCUUAGGCAAAAACUUUACAUUUCCUAGAAAAUUUGACAUGAAUAUGCAGUUCUAAAUGAUUGAAAAAUCAAAAGACUUGGGGAAAUUGGAAAAAAAAUUCUCAACAGCGUAAAAUCCACUGUUCAUGUGACAAAUUAUCCAGAGACUUUUUGGGAAUAUUUAUGAUAAGUUUUUCAGAGAAAUUGCUGUCAUCUCGCCAUUCUGUACAUGAAAUUAUCGCUGCAUGACAAACUACAGAAAAUAAUGUCACACUUCCUAAAAAAUUUGAUAUCAUAUUCAGUUUUAAAUAAUCUUAAACUCAAAAGACUUGGGGAAAUUGGAAAAAAAAUUCUCAACAGUGCAAAAUCCACUUUUCCUGUGACAUACACGAUCGAGAACCAAAAACUGCCUCAAACACCCCAAACGCAACUGAAAACCACAAAAAUGCAAUAAAGAUGACCUAUGGCGUGAGAAGUAAAUGUGUAAGAAUAUUUAAUUGUAAGAACGACGUAAACGCGUGUGGAAUGGAAUAAAAAGUCACGGAGAGUUGGUCUCACAUAUCACAUUGGAGGAAAUACAAAGAGCAAAAAAAAUUUAAUGUAAAGGACAAAUGAGAGUCGGAGGAAGGGGAAAUUUGUGUAUUAGUUCUCGAGAGAGAGAGAGAGAGAGAGAGAGAGAGAGAGAGAGAGAGAGAGAGAGAGAGAG